AUGGAAGAUUAUUCUCACUUAAGCGAUUAUGAAGAUUCUACUAAGGGGCUUAGUUAUCCUAUGUAUUUAGGAAAUUUAAUGUUGACGUCGUUUGGAGAUGACGAUUAUGGUGAGAAUAAGACUUUACCGUUUUCAUUAAGCUCAUCGGAAAAAGGCCUUGACACUGUUUGCUCGAUCAAUAAAUUUUUACCUUCGAGGAGGAGUCAUCUUCUAAGACCAAUUAUUCCAAUAGGACCUAGGUUUCAAGCAGAAGUUUCUAAAUGGGGAGGUGAAAUCGGCUUAAAACACUUUAAUGGUGACAAUAAUUUGAAAUGA